UUGUCCUCCUUUCCUCAGCCGCUCAGUUGGUCCUGCUCACUGCGCAGCUUUCAUUCUGCGCGAGACAGGUUUCCUUCAGGUCUGCUUGGAAUCUUUUUGAGUUUAGGAGUUGUGUGGAUUACACUGAGGUACUGUACGAGGCAGUGAUGCACACUUGAGGUAUUACUGUCCCGUGGCAGCGUUUGUCAAGUGGGUUCAUGUGGAGACAGUGCACCGUUAUGGCGAAGACGUUUUCUGUUCUCUCUGUCAUCGGCAUCAUUUUUGGAGUCAGCUGGGUGACAGCUAGGGAGCACAGGUUUGUACCUGACCCUCCGAUGCUGAACAUCACAGAUAAGACAUACAAAAUCAACACAUCUGCUACAUUGGAGAUUACCUGUAGAGGACGUCAAAUUUUGGAAUGGUACACUCCUUACAACCGGACCGGCUCUGAAAGCAGGAUUGUAACAUCAGACUGUAGUGGAGGUGGACUGUUCUGUAGCACCAUCACACUCACUGGAGCAAUGGGAAAUGAUACUGGAGAGUAUCGCUGUUCCUACAGAGACCUGCCUGUGGAGGAAGGGAAGACCUCUAUGUCAGUGUACGUGUUUGUGCAAGACUACCGCAUGCCUUUUCUCCGGUUAUCUCAAGACUUUGAGGUGGUAUUUAUUCGAGAAGGAGAGCAAGUGGUCAUUCCCUGUCUGGGCUCCUUGGAGGACCUCAACGUCACUCUGUACACGAAAUAUCCAGUGAAGGAACUGGUAACGGAUGGAAAAGAUGUGUUCUGGGACAGCAAAAGAGGUUUUUUGCUCCCUAGUCAUGUGAUUAGCUACGCUGGUGUUGUCUACUGCCAAACUCGCAUCCAGAAUGAAACCUUCCAGUCCUUGGCCUACGUUCUAGCUGUCGUAGGAUAUAAAAUCUAUGACCUCAGAAUGAGUCCUGUUCAGGAGAAACGGGCGGUCGGGGAGAAGUUGGUGCUCAACUGCACUGCUUUCACAGAACUUAAUGUAGCCCUUGAAUUCAAGUGGAGCCUUCCUCAUGACAGGAGAAAUCCCAACCAUUAUACACGAAGGCAUUAUGAGACUAAGUCCUACAAGAAGAAGCUGUGGAACUCUCUGGAACUGUCGAACACGCUGAUUUUGGACAAUGUUACAAUUAAUGACACAGGGGAAUAUGUGUGCACAGCAUCCAGCAGUAAGAUGGUCAAAACUAACAGUGCAUCCCUUAUAGUUUAUGAGAAGCCUUUCCUAGUGCUCCACAAUCAGUCGUUUCAAACUGUUGAUGUGAACAAGGGUCAACGAGAAGCAAAGAUCCCUGUUAAAUACUUCGCUUAUCCAGAACCUAAUGCAAAGUGGUUAAAGAAUGGCCAGUCCAUCACCAGUGACGAGUACAGGAUAAAGCCAUCUAGAGAUUCUCUUACUAUAUAUGAAGUCACAGAAAAAGAUGCUGGGAAUUACACUGUGGUCAUGACCAACAAAAUCACAAAAGAAGUGCAUAGCCGGACAUUUCAGCUAUUGGUCAAUGCUCAUCCUAAGAUCUUUGAGAAGGAGGUACCCUUUGAUCGAAAUGUUCACAUGUUUGGCAGCAGCCCCACUCUCACCUGCACUGCUUUUGGUGGCUCCAGUCCUGUCUCUAUCCAUUGGCAGUGGAUGCCCAGUGAGGACUGUCCAACUAAAUUUCAUCCCAGGACAGUUCCAAGUGCAGAGUGUGAAGGGAAAUGGAGGGAGAUUUCUAACAACACAGGGAAAAACCACAUUGGCCAGCCUACCAGCUUCAUCGACAGCUCACUUAAGACUGUCAGCACGCUGAAGAUCCAGAAAGCUGUGGCCCAUGCACUAUUUAGAUGCAUUGCCUCCAACAAAGUAGGAAUGGAGGACAGAGUCAUUAUAUUUCAAGUGGCACGUUUCCUCAACCUGAGCGUGUUCCCCUCCAGCAUCCCCAUAGAGGAGGAGGACGUGCUGCUGCGCUGCGUAGUCGACCGCAUGCUGUACUCUAGCCUGAGCUGGUAUCGGGUGCUGAAUGUGUCCAACCCGGCCGAGCUGCCUACCACCAUGUCUUGUGCAAGCCUCAGCCUUGCACCCCUCACCCAGCCCAAUGCCACUAUCGCAGGCCUGCAGGGUCCCAACGUCACACUGGACCUGUCCUUGCCCAGGGUGAGCUGGCAGGAUGAAGGUUUGUAUGCCUGCCGCAUGGAGAACACUGACAGCAGUGAGGGAACAUGCCUGCUACACAACCUGCGUCUCCGGGCGCUGGAGGCACCCUCAAUUGUGAACAACUUGAGUGAUCAGAGGGUGAACAUGAGCGAUUCCACCAUGCUAGUGUGUGAGGCAAGGGGCACGCCGACCCCCAUCAUCACCUGGACCAAAGACAACCAGACUGUCAUUAAGGGAUCUGGUGUUAUUCUGGCUCAAUCAAAUCGCAUCCUGACCAUCCAGAGAGUAAAGAAAGAGGACAGUGGUCUUUACAUAUGCACAGCCUGCAACAAACAGGGCUGUGAUUCCAUCCAAGCCCAGCUUACAGUGGAGGGCGCAGAGGAGAAGAUGAAUGUGGAGCUGAUUGUGCCGAUUGGUGCUGUGGUUAUCGCCAUGUUCUUCUGGCUUCUCAUUGUCUUUGUCAUACGCAACAGAAAACGGCCCACUGAUGGAGAUAUGAAGACAGGCUACUUGUCAAUUAUCUUAGAUGCAGAAGACAUGCCAAUGGACGAGCACUGUGAGAGACUCACCUAUGAUUCCAGCAAGUGGGAGUUUCCCCGUGAGCGCCUCAAACUAGGGGAACCGCUGGGUCGAGGGGCAUUUGGUCAGGUUCUGGAGGCUGCAGCAUUCGGCAUUGAAAAGGCCACCACCUGCACUACGGUAGCAGUGAAGAUGCUAAAGGAGGGUGCUACCUCCAGUGAGUACCGUGCCUUGAUGUCCGAGCUGAAGAUCCUUAUCCAUAUUGGCCACCAUCUCAAUGUGGUCAAUUUGCUAGGCGCCUGUACCAAACCAGGUGGUCCAUUGAUGGUAAUAGUGGAAUACUGUAAGCAUGGGAACCUGUCCAGUUAUCUGAAGAGUAAGCGUGGAGAAUAUAGCCCCUUCAAGAAGCAUAGGCCUCAGCUGAUGCAGGACAGAGCUGGUGAAAUUGAGGAGGACCUGAAAGAAGGGGAUCUAGGUAUGGGCACUACUGCUCGAUUGGACAUCUGCACUGGCACUGCCAUCUGCUCUGGACUGAGAAGUGAGUGGAGCGCCAAUCCUCAGCAGGAUCAGCAAGAAAGUUCAGACUGGGAUCAAUUGACUAUGGAAGAUCUCAUCAGUUAUAGCUUUCAAGUGGCCAAGGGAAUGGAGUUCCUCUCCUCUCGAAAAUGCAUUCACCGGGAUUUGGCAGCUAGAAACAUUCUUCUUUCUGAGAACAACAUUGUGAAGAUCUGUGACUUUGGCCUGGCCAGAGACGUGUAUAAAGACCCAGACUAUGUCCGCAAAGGAGAUGCACGUCUCCCUCUGAAGUGGAUGGCUCCAGAAACAAUAUUCGACCGUGUGUAUACAACACAGAGUGAUGUGUGGUCCUUUGGAGUACUACUCUGGGAGAUCUUCUCCUUGGGUGCAUCUCCAUAUCCGGGAGUGAAUAUUGACGAGUCGUUCUGCAGGAGGCUAAAAGAUGGUACCAGGAUGAGACCACCUGACUAUGCCACCCCUGAGAUCUAUCAGACCAUGUUGGACUGCUGGAUGGAUCAUCCAAAGGACCGACCCACUUUCACAGAACUAGUGGAGCAUCUGGGCAACUUGCUACUGGCCAGCGCUCAACAGGAUGGUAAAGACUAUAUUCCAUUGACAAUGGGGGAUGUGGAGGGCGGAUCAGGAGUCCCCCAGCUCAGAGUGACAUCAUAUAACAAUGCACCAAGGGCAAAAAGCAUAGAGACCCAGCUUAUCUAUGAUAAUGCUCCAUCAUUGGGAUAUGUGCAGCAUAAAUGUGAGGACAUUCCACUGGAACAGAGUGCCAUAAUGAAUGGCCAUAUGGUCUGUGAUGUGGGAUUAUCACAGGAAGAGAUGAAAGCGCUAAAUCAUCAAGCACAGAGGAUGGCCAAAUUCAGCCCCCUGCUACGAUGUAAGAGUAAGGACUCUGUGGCCUCCGAAUCAUCCAAUCAAACCAGUGGCUACCAGUCUGGCUACCACUCAGAUGAUACAGAGGCGCCUGUAUAUGCCAAUGAAGAGAUGAUCCUGAAGAGGGACAUUUUGAAGAAGCCACCGUUCUCAAAGAGGGAUGACAAGUUUAGCACAGAGGUCCGCUAUAGUACUCCACCUGUUUAAUAGGAACCACCCAUAAGCCCAUGACUAUAUGACUACACAAAGUAUUUUUUUCUAAUUGUAAUUGUGCUUUUUUAUUAUUAUUAUUAUUUUUUUUUUUUAACUUUUGGCCUGGAAUAGCAGAUUCAUCCUUUUACACCAAAAGCAAUUUAACCAAGACAAGGUUCUGCUUAUGAUAGGUUGGUGCUUAGACAGGAUUCCAGUCCAUACUACAAAGCAAUUAUUUGAUUUGAGCACAGCUCUCCUCACAUUAUGUUGAUCAGUGGCAUUAUGAUUUCUCUGUAGUGUUUAUUUAAUAGGAUUUAGUCAGGUACAUAUAUUCAAGUCAGUAAAUCUCGUUAACAUUAAAGUGUUGCAUGCAGAUGCCUGUAACUGUAUGUCGAGAUUUCAAAUGAUAAUCACUGAGUAUAACAUACAUAACAUACAGCAUUCAAUUGAACACUGUGCCUUAGCUGAAAACUACAAUUCACUUGUUUUUCCUGCAAUGUUAAGCAUGUGAAACACUUGCAUAUUGAUAUAUUUAUCAUACAAAUUACUUUCCAUGUCUAUGUCUCCCUUAAAAAAGAAAAAAAUAAUAAAUUAUAUAUAUAAUACAUACUAUAUAUGUAUAUAUAGUGUUUGCAGAUAAGCCGUAUAUGUCUAUAUGUGCUUUGCUGUAAAUGUGUUCGUUUUAAUUCAUUUAAAGUUCACCUUUUUUUUUUUGAAGAAAGCCUUUUUUUUGGAAAUGUAAUCGUUGUUUACACAGACUGCUGAGCAAGAGUAGCUGCUCAUUGAGACCACUCCCACUUCCUGUAAAAAGACACACCCACUUUCUUUCAGGCAAGAAAUAACAAAUGGAAUGUGAGACAAUUGAUUGACCUAAUGUUUCUUUUUUCUUCUCUAUAUUUAUGUUUUGUAUUGUUGUUUUUUUUUCAUGACGUUUGGCCAGCAUCUUAUCAAAUCACGAGCAAUGAAAAUGUCUCUCAAAUGUUCUUUCUCAUGCCUCUUGUUCUUCUUUACGUUAUGCUUUUCUUUUUUUCAUGGUUUGCUUCCUGAAUGUACAGGUUAUUAAGUGAGGACCUUAAUGUAGGUCACGUAAGAACAAUAUAUUUUAUUAAAUAUGUCCUAAACAUAACUAGUUUUCUAAAAUAAACUUUUAUCAAAAAUA